ACGAACCCACACUGCGCAAUCGUUUUAUUAAUCUUCAGAAUCCUUGUUCUGUGAAACCAAUUGUAUUCUUAUUUAACCCCAGGGUCUUAAGAUUCUCGAGUAAAUUGAUUAUUCAAGGAAUUUGAAACUUUGUCCUUCAUUUACGAUACGAAAAACAAGUAAAUAACUUAAGGUCUUUUCAUUGCUAUUGCCAGUAGUCAUUGCAUGAUCGUUUGUACGAAGAUCAGUUUUGGUUUUCUCCCGUUGAACUUGGAAAUAGGGACUCUGGCUUUUUUUGUAAAAUUCCUAUGAUCCACUUUUUGGACUUUGAUUCAGCUGUUCUAAUAACUGCACAAAAUGUCUCUUAAACCGAAGCGUGUAGACUUUACCACAACUUGGGCUGAUUUAAAGGAAACAGUCAAAGGUGUUGUAACUCUGGGAAAUGUUCCUCAUACUAUAUGGUAUAAUCGAUUCAGUGAUGUGUAUUCCCUCUGCGUGGCUUACCCAGAACCUUUAGCUGAGAAAUUGUACCAAGAAACUAAAAAGUUUUUGGAGGAGCAUGUUAAAUCUCUUUUCAUCCAAGUGAACGGCACCAGUGAAGAACAGCUUCUGACUGUGUAUUACACACUUUGGCAGCAAUAUAGCCAAGGAAUGGACUAUUUGCACAAACUUUACUCAUACCUUAAUACCCAACACAUCAAGAAACAAAAAGCAUCUGAUGCCGAGCUUCUUUAUGGGACAUUGUCUUAUGAAUCACCUGAACAAAUGAAAGAAAUCGGAGAAUUGGGUUUGGAUUUGUGGAAGAAGUAUAUGAUAGAGCCAUUGAAAGCCGACUUGCUGAGAUUACUUUUGGGAGGCAUACAUUGUGACCGAACUGGACAAUCUUUGUAUAAUGAAAAGUCAUCAACAAUUCAGGGUGUGAUUCAGUCAUUUGUUUCAGUCGAGGAAUACAAGAAGAAGAACACCCUCGAACUUUAUGAGGCUGUUUUUGAAGGGCCAUUUCUUGAAGCGACCGGUGAAUACUACAAGCAAGAAGCUAGUCGCUUGUUACAGGAAUGCACAAUUUCCUUGUAUAUGGAAAAAGUUUUGCAACGUCGGGACGAAGAAGAUUUACGUAGUCGGAAAUUCCUGCACCCAAGCUCUUACAGUAAAGUUCGAAGUGAAUGCGAAAAACGAAUGGUAGCAGAUCACUUGGCGGCUAUCCACAACGAGUGCCCGACAAUGGUUCAACAAGAACUCCAACAAGAUCUUCGAAAUGCGUACGCGUUGUUGAAGUCGAUUCCGGGAGGUUUGACUGUUCUGGUGUCGCACGUCAUGGAACACAUCAAACAACAAGGAUUGCGAACAGUGACUAACCUGUCAGGAGACAACAUUGCUGUCCAGUUUGUAGAGGGCAUGCUUAGUGUCCACUCCAAGUACAAGGAGAUCACCAACACUGUUUUCAGUAAUGAUCAGCUAUUUAGCAGCGCUCUAGAUAUGGCCUGUGCUGCAGUCGUCAACCAUCGCUUCAAUACUAAACAAAAUUGUAGGUCUCCAGAACUACUUGCCAAGUAUUGUGAUACUCUCUUGAAGAAGUCAACAAAAGGCGGUAGUGACACCGAAGUUGACGAUAAGUUAACACAGUGCAUUACUGUAUUCAAGUACAUCGACGACAAGGAUGUUUAUCAAGCUUUUUACUCACGGAAGUUGGCACAUCGAUUGAUUUCACAACUGAGUCAAAGUAUGGACGCUGAAGAGGCAAUGAUCAACCGAUUGAAACAGGCAUGCGGAUAUGAGUUUACCAACAAACUUCAUCGAAUGUUCACGGACAUGUCCGUCUCAUCAGACCUGAACAACAAGUUUAAUCUGCUGAACAAAGAUCGGAUGAUUGAAUUAGGUCUCAACUUCUCCAUCUAUGUCUUGCAAACCGGUGCGUGGCCUAGACAAGUCUGCCCUACCGAUUUCGCCGUACCCCAAGAGUUGGAAAAAUCGGUCCAAGAAUUUGAAGAUUUCUAUCGUCUACAGUUUAACGGCCGGAAGCUUGCAUGGCUACAUCACUUGAGUUACGGAGAGCUGAAACUGAACUACUUGAAAAAGCGUUACUUCAUCACCAUGGGAACCUUCCAAAUGGCAAUGCUUCUUGUCUUUCAAGAGACCAAUUCCGUGACUUGUGGAGAACUCAUGGAAGCCACGAAGCUUAACUCGGAUCAAUUCCAAAAGGUCCUUCAGAGCUUAGUCGACUCAAAGCUUUUGGCAGUAACUAGUGACACUGUCGAAGUUUUCCAACCAUCUACAGUCAUUUCCCUCAAUAUGGAUUAUAGUAACAAACGAACCAAGUUUCGUAUUAACAACACUAUCCAAAAGGAGACUGUCCAAGAAACCGAGACGACGCAUUCUUCUGUAAACGAAGACAGGAAAAUGUACCUUCAGGCUACAAUCGUUCGAAUCAUGAAAUCUAGGAAGAUUCUUCGCCACAUGGUGUUAAUUCAGGAGGUGUUGAGCCAGUCCCAACCCCGAUUUGCUCCUCCCAUUGGCAUGAUAAAAAAGUGCAUUGAGACAUUGAUUGACAAGCAGUACCUGGAGCGUACCCCUAAUUCAACGGACGAAUAUAGCUAUGUGGCAUAGAAAAUGCAAUCUCAACGUUAGUUCGCAAUAUCAUGCUGUAAUACUUUGGCGUGAAUUUUUGAAAUUGUUGAAAAGAAAACCGCGUCGAGAUGGUAAGGAUUGUUGGGCCUUUGGGGUAUUUCUCAUAUUGUACAUGAAUAAUUUUUCCAUUUGAUAUUUUUCAUCGGUUUUUUUCCCUGCUGUGUGAACUUAGAAAUUCUUACUUACACACUUUGAACAUCGUUUAAAGUGCAGUAUUAGAAAUACAAAGCAUACAAAAUAAA